UGUAUAAAGAGAGAGGCCCAACAGAGAUACACCCUGAUCCAGUAGCUGCAGAUGGGAGUCGAUCAACACCGCCAAGACCCCCACCAAAGAAACGGCGAUUACAGGAGAUUUCAAUCGAAAGUAAUACAGAUGCCACCAGACCCGAUGACAAUGAAAAUGCUCCACCUACAGAAUUCCAUAAAGAUGAAAGUACUCAAACUGAUGAAAACUGGUUUUCCCCACUUGAUCACCUGGUACAUAAUGCAGAGAGUCACAUGGUACAUAGUGCAGAGAGUCAGAAACUUCGAAAACAUUUAGAAGAGACAACAAUGCAAAAUGAUGAAUUGCUUAAGAAAGUACAAGAGCAGAAGACACGAAUAACAGAAUUAGAGAAAAAAUUAGAAGAUGGAGAAAGAUUUGGUUUUAAUAGUGUCUGUAGAAGAGAUGGAAAACUUAAAGAUCUGUUCCAGUAUUACACAGGAUUAAAGCUGUUAAGAUUUCUUGCACUCCUUGAUUUUCUUGCACCAAGUGAUAAUUGCAUUUCUUACAGAAAAAGUAGGAGUGACAUUAGAAGGCUUGCCCUGAAAGAUUGUCUUUUUCUAUGUUUGUGUAGAUUGCGGCAUAAUUUUGGCCUAAAAGACAUAUCCAUGCGAUUUGGACUUUCAUUGCAAUCUUCGAGUGAGAUUUUUAAUGCAUGGAUUGAACACAUGUAUUUCAAAUUUGGACAGUUAAAUAUUUGGCCACACAGGGAUAUAAUAAUUAACAAUAUGCCUGCUGACUACAAAAAGGAAUUUCCCACAAGUCUGAUUAUCAUUGAUGGCACAGAAAUUAAAACACAAUCUCCUUGUGCUAUGGCUCUACAAAGUCAAAUGUACAGUGACUACAAAUCAAGCACUACCUUAAAGUGUCUUAUUGGUUGUGAUCCAUGUGGAUCAUUGAUGUUUGUUUCUGAACUGUUUACUGGGUCUGUAUCAGACAAAGAAAUUACAACAAACAGUGGGUUUUAUGAUUUACUGAAAGCUCUACAUGAAAGAGGUUAUUUACUGGAAGGAGAUGCUGUCAUGGCAGACAAAAGAUUCACCAUUGGGAACGAAUUAGAAAAGCUAGGAUUAAAAUUAAAUAUACCGCCAUUUGCUUCGUCUGGUUCACAGAUGUCCCCAGGAGAUACAGAACUGACACAAAAAAUUGCAAAACAUCGAAUUCACAUUGAAAGAGUAAUUUUCAAAAUAAAAAAAAACUACAGAAUUGUCUUUCAUACAAUCCCAACUUCGCUCUUCCAAAACAUAAGCCAGAUUUGGGCAGUUUGUUGCUUUUUGACAUUGUUUCAAGAUACAUUUGUUAGGGAUAAAUGAAAUUGGAAAACAGAAAGAAAGGUUUUUACCUGAUAUGAUAACAGUGAGCCAACAGGUACUUUCCCAAAAGGUGUAUCUACUGUAGGUCCAUCUUCUGAUAAAAUAUAUCCCAGUGGCGUUCCAUCGAGUUGUCUCAGUUUUUUAACAUCAGAAGACUCAACAAGAGGAAGUCUGAAGUGUAAAUAAUUAGUACAUGUGUUGCAUAACCGUAUGCUAAGCUGUAUACUAACUUAAAAACAAAUAAAACAAACUUUACAACAAUUUAUGAUGCAUUAGCAACUGCUACAUUUUACAGAAAAUAUUGUAAGACCUGUUCUAAAGAUGAUGAUUAUUAUAUCUACCUACAGAUGUAGUAAAACAUUGUUUAUAGGUUCCUUGGAAAUCCCCCCAUUUGCAAUCCAAAUAAAAAUAAUCUAAGUCUAUCUUGCCAGUUUUCCAACUUAUAAGGUGUAGUAUUUACUUGUUAAAAAGGAAUUGUAACAUUGUUGUCAUUACGAUGUAUUCAUAUUGCAGAGGUAUUUAUGUGCAUAAUAAUUUCGUAUUGUUAGCGGCACAAUACUUUUAAAGUAUCAUAUUACAUUCCAGUUAAUUAUUAAAUAUUAAUUUCACAACAACAUGAAAUUAGUUUAUGCAAAAUAUAAUCAAUUCUGUGUUUUAUUAUAUUGAU